AUGACAAUUGUAAUUAUGGAUUUGGAUCAUAGCGAAGACAAUGUUGAUAUAACAGAGUAUUUCGAUGUAUCUUAUAAUAAGGACAUUAGUAACAUAGCUAACAAUAUAGAGUCAUUAUCUUUGAAAGAAGAUAUGGCAGAAAGUGGCAAAGAAGUUCAUAAACAAACAAUUUUCUAUAAAUAUUCAGGUCUAUUUAAACCAAAAAAUGCUAAGAAGCCAAGUAAUUCAGCUCGAAUACAAUGCCAGUGGCAUGUUAAUCUUUCACAUUCUUCAAAGAGUAAUGAUGAUUUCUGCAUAUUUGUCACCACUCUAAAUGAUAAUCAUAACUAUAGUUUAUCAUCUGAAGUAAUUCAAUUUGAAAAAGAUAAACAUACAUUUAUCUUAAAAGAAAAGUUUAUUUCUUACUCUAUAUUUGCUAAGGAUCUUUAUGUUGAGAUACAGUGGUGCUGGCCAUCAUGUAGUGCAAUUAAAUGUAGUGCAUCACAGUUUUAUAAGCAACUAUUAUCCAAACAACAUGAAGAUUCUCAUUGGUUUGUUGAGGCAGUUGGGCACAAUAAUACUGCAGGUGUUCCUUCUAUGACAAAUGUAACUACUAUUUUUUCUUCUAUUGAAUUUUUAGCUAAACAUUACCUGAGACCAAAUGUUGCAAACUUUUUAGUUGAACAAAUGAAAGAAAGCUUAUAUUACACUGCUAGUUGUGCUACAGUUGAAGAAAUUGAAUUACUUACCUCUUACAAACCUUCACAAAGUGAAAAUAUAAAUGACAAGCCUGAUGCUAUUGUUUUUGAAACAGAAGAAAUUACCAAUGAUGAUUUUAUUGAUGAAAUGCUUUUUUAUAGGAAAACUUGGGGUUUUGCACAUACUGCUAUAAACAAAUACAUGUUACAUUAUGAUAAUGAGUUUAUUCUGUUAAUUGAGAAUUAUUUAAAUAAGAUUCACACUAAAGAGGAAGAAUUAGUUAGAUCACAAGAAGAAGUGAUGGCCUCAACUAGUCAAAAUGUUGCUGAAAGUACAGAAGAUAAUAUGAUCCAACUUGAGAAUCUUUAG